AUGGAUAAGAUAAUGUUAUUUGUAGUUUUUAACGGAAGAUGGAAUGCAAACAACAAAUACAUUGAUCAUGAAGUGAAAAUAUUGAUGGUGGAAAAGGAUAUCAAGUAUGUGGAAUUGGUAAACAAGAUAUACAAAGAGCUCAGAUUGAAUGAAAGAUUGAUUUCAACAAACUUGAUUUUUGAUGCAAAUAUGGAUACAAGCAAAGGAAUGAAGAUAGAAAGUGAUGAGAAUUUACAAGUUUAUCUAAACUUGAACAAGACUGUGGAAGAGUUGAAAAAAUGUCCUCUCAUCGUUGAAGUAGAACAGAGAAAUCAAACCAUUUCUUUGCCAAGAGAAGCUAGCAUUCCAUCUGCUUUAGCAAGCAAUGCAACAAGUCACAGUUUGACUCUCACAGACCUCAAUACGAAUACUGCAAGCACUAGCAAGAUGAAGAGUGCCUCAACACAAGAAUCCAACAAAUUUACAGAACACGGGCAAGAAGCUCAAUCACCUCUGCAUGUGUUGCCGAAUAUGGAGAUUGAAGACAUAAGACUCAAUUAUGUUUUCAAGAAUAAGACUGAUCUAAAACAUACACUUGCGAAAAUAGCCAUCAAGAAACACUUUCAGUACAGAAUUCAAAAAUCAUGUUCAGAAGCAUUUUGGGCAAAAUGCAUAGAUGAGAAUUGUGGCUGGUAUGUACGUGCAAGAAGCUCAAAAGUAUCAGACUACUUUCGAGUUAUCAAAUACCAUAAACACCACACAUGCUCCUUAAAUCACAAAAAAUUUGAAAAUAGACAAGCAAGUGCAAAAGUCAUCAGUAGUUACUUCAAAGAGAAGUUUCGUGACCCAGGAUCAACCUAUCGACCAAGGCAAAUAAUAAGAGACAUGAGAGAUGAACAUGGGGUAGGUGUAACAUACAAUAAAGCCUGGAGAGCAAAAACACUUGCAGCUAAUGAUGUUAGAGGGUCAAAUGAGGAAAGUUAUGCAUUGUUGCCUUCAUAUUUGUAUAUGCUACAGUUUAAAUACAUGUUUAUUGCUUUUGGGGCUUCAUUAGAUGGAUGGAAGCAAUGUAGACCGGUUAUAGUGGUAGAUGGAACAUUUUUAAAGACGAAAUGUGGAGGUACACUGUAUGCAGCUUGUGUUAAAGAUGGAAACAAUCAAAUUUUUCCGCUCGACUUUGGAAUUGGGGAUUCAAAAAAUGACAAUGCAUGGAUAUGGUUCUUUACAAGACUAAAAGAAGCAAUAGGAGAUCGAGAAAACUUGUGCAUAGUAUCUGACAGGCAUAAAAGCAUCAAAAAUGCAGUUGAACAAGUGUAUCUUGGUGUAUAUCAUGGAGUUUGUCUUUAUCAUUUGAAGCAAAAUCUAAGGACUAAGUUUAGGGGAUUACAUGUGCAUGCCAUAUUUGAAACUGCUUCAAGAGCGUACUCAGCUCAAGAAUAUUAG